UGCCUGCACAACAGACCAACCGCCACUAAAAUUCACCCUGAGGGAUUCCCAACCCUGGAACAUAUCCUGUGCUGGUUUUUUUGCUAGAGGAAGACGGUGUUUUGCGGGGUAAACCGUUCAGCGCGCACUAUUUGUUGCUCGGCGGAGAUAUACUCGACGCAGCCGGGACUCGGUUUGAGCGGAGCUGAAUGGAGCCUCUUCCUGGUGGAUAAACAGUGACAGCUACAGGGCAGCCACCUAGACCCAGCACACAGGCUCUGGCGCUGCCCUGGCAAACAACACCAAAAUGGCUUCAGACAGUUCACACAUCGCGCAGUUGACUUCUGAACUGUACUUCCUAAUAGCCCGAUUUCUAGAAGCUGGACCGUGUCAAAAAGCAGCCGAGACCCUGAUAAGGGAGGUGGAGGAGAAGGAGCUGCUACCCAUAAGGCUGGACUGGACAGGGCAGGAGCACCCCGGGACGUACAGAAAUUUGGUGAAGCUAUACCGGCACAUCAGUCCCGAACACCUGCUGCAGGUCUGCUCCAGAGUGUGUCCUCUCCUGGAGACCGAGGUCCCCGCCAGCGUCCCGGGACUCACCAGCCUGCUGGGGGCCGGCCGGCAGAAUCUCCUCCGCACCAGCAAGAGCUGCAAGCAUGUUGUGUGGAAGGGCUCUGCGCUGGCUGCUCUGCACUGCGGAAGACCACCGGAGCCACCUAUUAUCUAUGGGAGUCCACCUAAUAUUGUGGAGACAAACUUCAGCCGUCGACUGAACGGCUCCUACAGACUUAAGCAGCUAGUGCCCACGGUGGUGUACCUGCACAUGAAGAUGCACAAGAGGAUUCUGGGACAUCUUUCGUCCGUUUAUUGCGUCACCUUCGACAGGACCGGACGACGCAUCUUCACGGGCUCAGAUGACUGCCUGGUGAAGAUCUGGGGAACAGAUGACGGGCGUCUGCUGGCCACGUUGCGCGGACACGCCGCUGAGAUCUCAGACAUGGCCGUGAGCUACGAGAACACCAUGAUCGCUGCCGGGUCAUGUGACAAGACCAUCAGGGUGUGGUGCUUACAGACCUGCGCCCCUCUAGCCGUUCUGGAGGGACAUGCAGCCUCCAUCACCUCUCUGCAG